CCUUCACCACUACUGAAUGCACAGAAUUGCACUUGACGAUGGCUCCCACUCGCAGCCCUUCGCCGGGAGAUGGCAUACACUCCCCGCAACCGCAGCUGUCUAAGCGCGACAAGCGUCGCAAUCAGCUUGACAACAAGUACCACGAGAUGUUGGCUUCGUUCAAUGACAACCGCGACAGCCACUACCGCGCGCAGCUCUCUGCGCUCCAAGCCGACAUAAACCUAAUCACUCGGGCCAAUCCAUACAACAAUGAGCCCCUUGCAGAUGACGGCGAGGAGGCCAAAGAGCUCAUCAACCAAAUCAUGGGAAACGCGAUUCCGACAGCCCCCAGUGCUGGCACCGACUACAUCGCGGAGGUCGGAAAGCAUUAUGCUCGCUUUGUGGACGCCGUCAACGAUGCCAUGGAGGAGCGAGACUAUAAUCUCGUCAUGCUAUUGAAGAAGCACCAGAACCAAACCUAUGAAAUCGAAAACAACUACCUCUACAAGGUUCAGAUUGCCGAGGAAGAGCACAAACUGCUCGCAGGCACGGUGCGCGAGCGACUUGUGAACUCGAUCCAGGCACGCUUGAACAAAUUGAAGCGCGAGAAAGAACAACUCGACCUCUCCGACAGCAACGCGAUGCUUCUUCAUCCCAAUCAGUACAGCAUAGGAAAUCCCGCUAGUCCAGGGGGACCGCUGGCGCCUCGCAAAACAAGGCGGACCGGCCACAGAUUCGGAGAGGCGGAAGAGGUUGCGGGGACUGAGAACAAGCGAAAGCGGAAGCUGUUUGAGGAGGACAAUGGAUCGCCGGGGCCUUCUGGUCGCAACGUCGACAUCAUCGUCGACUCGCCUUUCCGUGAAGCCAAGGCACGUACCAUGCAAUCCCAAUUUGAGGAAGGCGCCUACGCCAUUGAGAAGCUGUUCACAGAGAAGGAGCUCAACAUGGCUACAAACCGAGCUACAACUGCAGCCUCGAACUUCUUCGCCAAGAUGAAGAAUGCGGAGUUGGCGCAAGACAGUGCAACAAACGGAACCGGUCAGGAAGGUGGAGACGAUGCUGCUGAAGCGCAGGAAGGGGACCAAGAGCCUGAAUCGCCCACAGGGGCCCCGGAGAUGACGAGACAAGUCUCCUCGAACCCGCACGCUACUAGGGGUGCUACGCGGUCAACUUUCAGCUCGACUACGAUCGCCAACGGUCACAUUCCGUUUAUCUAUAAUCAGCCCUUCUUUCUGGACGCUAAGGCUUUCCAGAAAAACAAUGCCCGGGCUCCAACUCCGCCUCCCCUUGCCGCACAUGAUGUGGAUCAAGACUGGCUUCUCAUGAAACGAGAUGCGCCUCCCAACGAUGAGCUCAACGAGAAGCUUCUCCAGGCUGGGAUUCAACCGAUGAAAGCAAGGGAGUAUCAGAUUCAAACACCCGACUUUCAGCUCCCUGAAUCAGAAAUUACCAGCCACGUACGCUCCAUGGCCCCUCAUCUCGAGGUUCAGCGCGCCAUUGGUGGCGUGCCGAUGAGUGCGCAGAGCAGCAUGGGUGGAUACAGUGAUACGAGUGCGAAUGCUACACCACUUGGCAGAGAUAGCGUGCCAAUGGCGAGGACGGCCAGUGGAUCUGGUCGUCGUGGUGGCCGGAGGGGACAGUAGUGUCUUUCCACCUUUCGGCAUUCAGGACAAGCGUUACGUACACCACAACCAGCAGGCCCUGGACUUCUGUGGUGAUCAUCGUCUUAUGGAAUCCUGAUUUCAGCAUGGACGGCUAAGCCAAGGGUUAUGAGUUGCAUAUGAUGGCGUCUAGGUUGAGCGGCUUGCAUAAACCAGCAUUCACGGCUAGGGUCUGUCCCUGUGAGCAUAUGGGAUGGAGUAUUGUUCAGGCUCGGUCUUGUGAUAGGGAGACCGUUAUGAUAGCAAAUGUCACUUUUUAAACAAGAGUUCACUUUGCAAAUCCUCGG